AAAGGUUUACCAAGAGAGUCCAACAUUCUAGACAGUCCAACAUUAACCUCUGUAAAGGCAGUCUAAUAAUACAUUGAAUUACAUCUAUACUUCAGGGACAGCUCUAUAUAGCGAGCACAUAAUAGCACAUACAUGUCAACACUUGGCUUCAUUCUCACCAAUAAUUCCCCAAUUACCCCACCUUCUCUGCUUCGCACGUCGCACAGGUGAUGACGUCAGCCUCCAACUCUAAAUCAGCUCUAGCCCAGCACGGUGUACCCCCGAGCUCUACGCACAACAAACACCUAUCCAUUGCCACCUUCCACACAACGGUCUACGGCUCUGCGACGCCGGCAAGAUGGCCGACUCAUCCAAACUCUAGUGUUUAGAGCUCUGCUGCUUACACUGCUGAUUCCUGUACCGGGUCAGCGGGGCCAGUCGGCUAUUUGGGUUGGCUAACGGGGCUACUAACAGGGUUCGAAUGUCAGCAUAGUAACCAGUGGCAGGUCUAUGACCAAUAACCAUUUAAAGGUUCCGGGUCAUAGUCUCUUCUUUUUUUCAUUUAGGGGAGGUGUAAGGAGAGAUCAGUAUUGUUAAUGAUAUAUUGUGUGUGUAUAUAAGAAUAUAUAUAUUUAAAUAUAUUCUUCUAAUAAUGAAAGAUAGGUAUAGAAGGUGUGCUAUAUGUAAGUGCUAAGGGAAAUUCAAGAACACUAGUAUAAUAAAUAUUGGCAUUAAAUACAUUAUAUUUGCUCAGAAAGUGUAGUGUAUAUUUAUAUAUGCACACACUUUCGAAUUUAUCAGAAACACAGGACAUUCUAGAUUUGCUAAAUACAAUGUAAACAAUUUAUAUCUCAGGUUAGCGUAAUAUAUUAUUUGGCGUCAUGACUACUUUUUGGAGACCGCCGAUGGUCGCCAUUGUAAGUGUGAUUUACAAUUAGUUGUAUAGCUAUAGAUGAACAGUAAUUGGCGGAGAAUAAAAAUAUAGGAUAGACUUGGCUCUGUAGCCAUAAAUUCAGGAAUAUUUGCCAUGGUUAACUUAUUUUCUAUGGUGUGGAGGAAAAUUCUGCGCAAGAGAUGGGUUCUUGGUAUUGUGUUUGGGCUGUCCCUCAUCUACUUUCUCACGAGCACUUUCAAGCAGGUGAGUAAAGGUUAAUGAUGUGUUUUUGGUUGUAUGGUGACCCUAUAUCCAUUUAUAGACAUUGCACCAAGUAGAGUGUUCCUGAGAAUGAAAUGCCAUGAAAUAAAGCUAAACUUGUUCGAAAAAGGAAAAGUCUCUACGCGUUUGAUGAUGACUUAUCCUUAGUCAUAAGUGGAAAACAUAAACUUGUCUUUAGUGUACUCAAACUUGCAGGAAAGACUUACUUUACAUAAUAUAUAUUAUGUAUAGUAAAUGUGGUAGUGAGUGCAAUAAAUCUAAAUAAUUUACAUUUGAAGAAAGCAAUACAUUAAAGGUACACUUUAGGCACCUAGUCCACUUCCCCUCAGUGAGGUAGUGUGGGUGCUGUGUCACUGUCCCCUUAAAGGGAAACUAUAGUGUCAGGAAAACAAACUGCCCCCACCCCCAUGGUGCAGAUGAGAUUAAUUACCCCUUCUGUCACUUACCUGGUGCAGCGCUGAUGUCCCUCAACGUAGGCACAGCUCCGCCUAUGCUUUUUCCCUCCUAUGUAUGGCGGGGGAGACCUAAUGUGCAUGUGCAGUAAUGGCUGCGCUCAUAUUAGGAUUUAAUACUUUCCUAUGGGAAUUCCAGUGACGCUGGAAAUCUUCAUUCAUAGCGUAAGGACGUCCAGCGGAAGUCCCUCUGUCUGUUAGAGCGUCACUAGGGGAGGAGUUAACCCCAGCAGGUAAUUAUUGCGGUUUAUAAAAAGUGAUCUGGGUGCCUACAACCCUUUAACCCUGCUAUGUAAAAAACUACAAUAUAGUUUUGUAUUCCGAACACUAUAGAGUUCCUUUAACUAUAAUUAUCAGAUAAAAUAUGUGUAAAGAAGUCAUUAUCAGACUGGAGCAGUUUAAAUGGAGUUCAGGUGAAAUUGGAUUUUUUUAGAAGUUGCACUAGUGAAGGCAAGAGAACUCGGAUGGUCAGUAAGAGCAAAAACUUGAACAAACCACUGUGGUAUCGAUGGAUACAAUUCGGCAGGAAGAACCAAAGCAAGUUAUAAAAGCUUCCAAACUUACCCAGAAAAGAAAAUAGCCAAGUCAGCUACAACAUUUUAGAUGCAAACGUGAGAAAAGGAAAGUAAAUAGGUUCUAUUUCAGCUGUCUAAAGCAGUGUUUCCCAACCCAGUCCUCAAGGCACACCUACCAGUCCAGGAUUUAGGGAUUACCCAGUUGUGUCUAAGGUGUUUUUUUUCUUCUUUGUAAAAACACCUUAGACACAACUGGGUAAUCCCUAAAUCCUGGACUGGUAGGUGUGCCUUGAGGACUGGGUUGGGAAACACUGGUCUAAAGUAAAGACUAAGGGGCAGUUGGGCUACACCCAAAGUUAUUAAUGGAUUUAUUUAACCAAUCAUUGUUAAUGGGUGUUGUUCCAGAAGUUUGGAAAUUAGUGAAUGUUGUGGCAAUUCUCAAGAAAGGUAGUAGGGAGGUGUCGGGCUAUAGACCAGUGAUUGUUACUUCAGUAGUGGGGAAAGUAAUGGAAACCAUGUUAAAGGAUAGGAUUGUUGAACAUCUAAAAUCACAUUGAUUUCAAGAUCAGAGACAACAUGGGUUUACUUCAGGGAGAUCAUUCCAAACUAACUAGGGAUGCACUGAAAUUUUGCCCAAAAAAGGGUCAAAUCUGCCGAAAAUGACACCCUGCGUGCAGUACUCUGGGUAGGGGAAGCGUGUCAUUUUCGGCAGAUUUGACCCUUUUUUGGGCAAAAUUUCAAUUUCAGCAGGCAGGGACUAGGAAAAAAAAAUCAGCCCGGGCAUUUUGGUACAAUGCUCUUCCAGAGCAGCCCAUGCACAGAGCUAUGCUGAAGAGCUCUAGCAUGAGAAAAAGGCCCUGCAUUUUUUCGGUCUCUGGUGUCUCCAUAAGUGAGAUACCAGAGGACAAAAUGGCAAGUAAAGUGAAUUGUGCAUGUGUUUGGAGGCUGCUUGUGGGAUUGCUUGUUUGUAGAAUGAGCAUGAUUGUGGUCUGGUGUUUUGUGUAAAUUGGUCGGUUUCAGUUGUGAUGUGUUUGUGGUGUAAUAUGUGUGACUAGGGAUUGAAGAGUGUGAGAGAGAGAGUGUGUGUGUGUAUAGGUGGUGAAACAAGUGUGUGCAAAGAGACUGUAGCAUAUAUAUAUAUAUAUGUGUGUGUGUAAGUGAUGUAGUGUUUGUAUGAAUUGUAGAGAGUGUGUGUUUAGGGAAUGUAGUGUGCGUGUUUGAGUGUAGAGCAUCUAGUCUGUGCAUAGGUGAUCCAGAGUGUGUAUGUCAGAAAUGUGUAUGUCUAUAGGGGAUCUCUUGUGUGUAUGUGUAGAGGAUCCAGAGUGUUUACACGGGAUGUAGUGUUUGUAAGUGGUGUAGUGUGUAUAAGGCAUGUUGUGUGUGUGUGUGUGUGUGUGUGGGGGGGGGUGCACUGUGUGUCUACAGGUGAUCUUUUGUAUGUGUAGAGAAUCCAGAGUGUGUAUAGGGGAUCUAGUGUGUGUGUGUGUAGAGGAUCCAGAGUGUUUACAAGGAAUGUAGUGUGUGUGUGAGAGGGCUGCAGUGUGUGAAGGAUGCAUUGUAUUUGUGUGUGUGUGUGUGUGUGAGUGAGAGAGAGGGGUGCAGUGUGUGUAUAAGGCAUAAUGUGCGUGUCUGUGGUGCAGUGUGUGUGUGUGAGGGUGCAGAUAUAGGCAAAUAUAUAUAUAUAUAUAUAUAUAUAUAUAUUUUUUUUUUUAAAUAAAUAAAUAAACCAUGUACUUAAAUACAUGGCUACUUAUAUGCAUUUUAAUUUCUUUUUUUAGUUAUAUUCCCCCCUCCCUUCUUACCUUUGCCCAGGGAGAGGGGAGAUUGCAGCCCUGGUGAUCCGGUGGUGAGUUUACUCUGUAACUGCGGCAACGCUCUGACCUUGCGAGAGGAAGAACCUGGAGGAGCUGCUAGAUAGACAGGUCCUCCCUCCUACCUCCCGACUGUCCAGUAAAGUGCCUGUGGGACAGUGAGGGAGAUCUUUGAUCUCUCCACUGGCCCAUUAAGGUAGACAGCAGGGCCAGCACUCUGAUAGCUCUGGCCCUGCAGGGGCUGGAAGGGGAGAUCCUGUGAUCUCCCCUGCCGGCCUUGGCUCGUGGACAUCGCAGCCCACCGGGCAUUUGCCCGAUGGCCAGUCCGGGCCUGUCCUACAACUAGUCUGGACUAAUAAAACCUAUCUAUAUUGGUUAGGUCUGCAUAAUGACAGUGAUUGAACAAGCAUUCACAGUAGACUGAAUUACAACUAACUAUACGAAGUUCUAAGGAAGGAAACACUCAUUCCACAUCAUAGCUGCAAAGUAGUUACUCUAACAUGCCGUAAACACAGCUGUUUAAAUCUUCGAUGCAUGCCUGAAAACUAGCCGUGCUUUUCCAAUUGUGCUCAAAUGCCUUCUUACUAUAAAAGCUACUUAACCCCUUAACGCUGCAUUAGAGAAUUGCCAUUCUUGUCAAAAUAAGGCAAUUUUCACAGUUUUUUUUUGUCCAUUUGGAGAAAGAAAAUGGCUUUGUGUUUGUUUGUUUGUUUUUUUUUUAGCAAGUUUUGUGCUGUGCUUAUAAUUGUUUUGUGGUUGUAUGACCCUAGAGCAGGGUUUCCCAAUUAAUUUUUCCUGUGGAACCCUUUGACAUAGUGUAUCAACAUCAUAGAACCCCCCCCCACCACCACCACCAAUUGCACCGUUUUAUAUAUACAGUGUGUUUGUAGUGUGCAUUAUAUAAACACACUACACAAACACACUGCAUUAUAUACACACACCACACAAACACACUGCAAUAUAUAAACACACUACACACACACACUGCAUUAUUUAAACACACUAUGCAAACACACUGCAUUAUAUACACACACUACACACACUACACAAACACACUACAUUAUAUAAACACACUACACAAACACACUGCGUUAUAUACAGUGUGAUUGUGUAGUGUGUGUAUGUAUAUAAUGUAGAGUGUGUGUGUUUGUAUAGUGUGUGUAUAUAAUGCAGUGUGUUUGUGUAGUGUUUGUGUAGUGUGUGUGUUUGUGUAGUGUGUGUAUAUAAUGCAGUGUGUUUGUGUAGUGUGUGCAUAUAAUGCAGUGUGUUUGUGUAGUGUGCAUCAUAUAAACACACUGCAUUAUAUACACACUAUACAAACACACUGCAUUAUAUACACACUACACAAACACACUGCAUUAUAUACACACACUACACAAACACACUGCAUUAUAUAUAGUGUGUUUGUGUAGUGUGUAUAUAAUGCAGAAUGUGUGUGUUUGUAUUGUGUGUGCAUAUAAUGCAGUGUGUUUGUGUAGUGUGUGUAUAUAAUGCAGAGUGUGUGUUUGUAUAGUGUGUGUAUAUAAUGCAGUGUGUUUGUAUAGUGUGUAUAUAAUGCAGUGUGUUUAUAUAAUACACUGCAUUAUAUACACACACUACACUGUAUAUAUACACACUAUACAGUGUGUUUGUGUAGUAUGUGUAUAUAAUGGAGUGUGUGUGUGUGUGUGUGUGUGUGAGGGGGCGUUUUUUAUUAAGUUAUUAUUUAUUUUUUAUAUUUAAUUAUUAUUAUUUAUUUUUGUUGUCCCCCCUCCCUGCUUGUUGCCUGGCCAGGGAGGGGAGAUAUGACAGUCCCUGGUGGUUCAGUGGCAUUGGCUGAGCUGUGGGGGGGGCGGCAGCAAGCGUUUACUUACCUCUCAGCAGCUCAUCCAGGUCCCCAGUGUAAGUCUCGCGUAACCCGUGGCAAUGCUCUGACGGCCGCGGGUCUCGCGAGACUUACACUGGGGAGCUGCUGGGAGGUGAGUAAACACUUGCUGCCAGCCCCUCCAGGACCGCCUGGCUUGUUAUGAGCCUGGCGGUCCUAGGAGGUAUUAUCGGCAAUAUCGGUAUCUGAAUUGGCCGAUACCGAUAUUGUCGAAAAAACAGAAUAUCGGCCGAUUAUAUCGGUAAAACCGAUAAUCGGUCGAUCCCUAACUCGGAUACACACAGUGACAUACACACUCUUGCACCCACAGAUACACACACACACAGGCACAUACAAACACACUGAUACAUACUGGCACAUACACAUACUUAGAUGCACACAGCGACACAUACACAAACCUUGACACAGAUACACACACUCUUUGACAUGCACUCUCACUGACAAACACACUCUUUUACAGACACACAUACUCUCACUGACAAACACACACUCUUUUACAGACACACAUACAAACACAUAUACACUCUCAUUGAUAAGAACAUGUUAUUUAGGAAGGAUAGGAAAAACAAGAAGGGUGGUGGGGUAUGUUUGUAUGUCAACCAUGAUUUAAAGCCAAAUCUUAAGCAAGUGGAAUGCGAUGAGGAAAAUGUGGAAGCUUUAUGGGUAAAUAUCUGCUUGGGGGAAAAGAAGGGAAACCAACUAUUGGUUGGGAUAUGUUAUAAACCACCUAAUGUUAAUAUUGAUGAGGAACAACAGCUUUUUGAGCAAAUUGAGAAAGCUGCAAAUCUGGGUAACACUUUAAUUAUUGGAGAUUCUAAUUACCCGGACAUAAAUUGGGACAGAGGGACUAGUAGCUCAGCAAAGGGAAUUAGGUUUUUAAACUUGUUAAAUGACACCUUCAUAUCACAACUUGCACAAGCACCAGCUAGAAUGGACGCAUGUCUGGACCUGGUUUUAACAAACAACGUUGAUCUUUUGACCAACAUUCAAGUAGGUGAGCAGUUGAGAAUUAGUGAUCACAAUAUAGUGUCCUUUGAAAUAAACUCAAAAAAACAAAAGCACAUGGGGAAUACUAAAACAUAUAAUUUUAAAAAGGCCAAUUUCAAUAAGUUAAGGGAAGCUUUACAAUAUAUUGACUGGCAUAAACUCUUUAGCGAAAAGAACACUGAGGAUAAAUGGAUCAUCUUCCAACAAAUAUUAGAAGGGUACAUUUCUCAGUAUGUACCAUUGGGAAAUAAAUAUAAAAGAAACAAAUUAAAACCAAUGUGGCUUAGUAGAGAAGUAAAACAAGAGAUUAAAAAUAAGAAAAUGGCAUUUAAAACAAUAUGCAAUGUCAAUCAGCAGUGGCCAAGGCCAGUAAGGUAUUGUCAUGCAUGAAAAAGGGCAUUCAUUCUCGGGACGAGAAUAUCAUUUUGCCUCUUUAUAAAUCACUGGUAAGACCACAUAUUGAAUAUGCUGUGCAAUUUUGGGCACCUGUUCUAAAGAAGGAUAUUAUGGCACUAGAAAAAGUGCAGAGGCGGGCUACAAAAUUAAUAAAAGGAAUGGAACAUAUCAGCUAUGAAGAAAGGUUAACAAAUUUAAACCUAUUUAGUUUAGAAAAACGUCGCCUGAGAGGGGAUAUGAUAACAUUAUACAAAUAUAUUCGGGGCCAAUACAAACCAUUGUGUGGAAAUCUAUUCACAAACCGGACUUUACAUAGGACACGAGGCCAUGCGUUUAGACUGGAAGAAAGAAGAUUUCGUCUAAGGCAAAGGAAAGGUUUUUUUACUGUAAGAACAAUCGGGAUGUGGAAUUCUCUGCCUGAAGAAGUGGUUUUAUCAGAGUCCAUACAGAUGUUCAAACAGCUACUAGAUGCAUACUUGCAAAAACAGAAUAUUCAAGGAGAUAAUCUUUCAAUGUAGGGUAAUAACUGCUUGAUCCAAGGAUAAAUCUGACUGCCAUUUUUUUCCAAGCUUGUUGCAAAAUUGUGCUUCAAACUGGUUUUUUUUGCCUUCUUUUGGAUUAACGGCAAAAAACAAAUGUGAGGAAGGCUGAACUUGAUGGACGCAAGUCUCUUUUCAGCUCUGUAACUAUGUAACAGAUACAUUCUCAUUGCCAAACACAUACAUUCACUGACAAGCACACAUUCACUCUCACUGACAAACACUCCCUAACAGACACACAUACAACUUUUUUUUCUUUUCUCCACCCAGCCCCCCUACCUUUAGGAGUGCUGGCAUGGAGUCCCUGGGGUCCAGUGGAGUUGGCUGCAAACCCCCCCAAAAAAUGGCCGUGGGCGUCGAGGGAGCAGUGAUGCGUGCCUCCUAGUGAUGCCAGAGUGACGUCAUAUUCCGGCUCCGGCAUCACUGCUGUGCGAGGGAGCUGAGCAGGGAGAUUAGAGCUCACUGCUCCCUCACCGCCCGCAGCCAUUUUGUUUUCUUCAUUUUUUGGGCGGAACACCAAUUGGGAAACGCUGCCUUAGAGCAACAUGAAUUUUGAUUAUUAUUAUUUUUCUUUCGCAGCUGUACAUUAUCCUGAACUCCAUCUUACUUAGCUAUUAGCUCUUUUCACACCAGCAUUUCAUUUUUUAUUUUUUUUAUUUUUAUGAAGAUAGAAUCUUUAAGAAAAACUUAUACAGCCUGUGUUUUAGCAUUCACAUUUCAAAGCAGUUAAAAGAUAUCAGAGUAGAUACUAUGUUGUCCUGUGUACAAGAUGAUUUGUGUCAGUAGCUCACAUAAAACAGUCCACAUAAAACAUUGAACAAUCUGCUUUUAAAGCAAUGAAGCAGUGCUUACUCUGUGCUGAGCUAGGCUAAAAUAAUGAGUGUAAGUGCAGAGUUUCAAGCAGCUUCUGCUACCCCCUUGUGAUGUUUCCCAUCAACUAUUGUGCAUGAUAGUUGACUGGUCAUGCUUCCUAUUGCACAUAUGCAUUUAUCUUAAAAAAACAAACAACUUAAACUACAAUGGUUUGCCCUCUCAUCUGGGUACCAGCUGGCACCACACAAUCUGUGAUGCACAUCUGGCUUCUCCAGAGCUGCAGGAGCUGGAUGCCCAUCCCACUGGUCAUUAAUUCCCUGAAAGCGUCAGACUAGCACUCUCAGCCAAUGAAUCACCAUCUGCGCAAAGAAUAUGCACAGAAUUGACAUAAGCCAGCCUAAAACUCUUGUUCAGGGCUGGCUAAUGACAUUCUAAUGAUGCUGCCAGAUGUGGAGUUACUCCUCUGACAGCAAUAUAAAAUAUCUCCGUAUGUGCAGAGUUUCAUAUUGAAAAGUUGCAAAUACUGACUUCAAAUCACAGAAGUGGUCAUGGUGCUUGGAAUAACCCUUUAAAGUAAGUUGUUUAUUGUGUGUAUGUAAAUUUGCAGAAUAACAUAUCCUUUUUUCUGAGGUUUGUAUAUUUAUAACAUCUUACCUGUGAAAAAGUGUAAGUUGUCUCUUCAGACACAAGUUCAAUUAGCUUGGAUUAAUGGAAUUCAUUCACCAAAAAUGUAAAUAUUGCACGAAUACAGCAUCAUGCUAAAGAACUAAUCCCUGUUUCAUACUGAAUACCCUUUGAACAAUAAUGUAUCUUAAAAAGAAAACUAUCUACUAACAAAUUCGAUUGAAAAGUAAUCUGAUUAUCAAAUAAAAAAAACAUAAAUCGCUCCCAACAGAAUUAGGGUUGUGCAUAUGACAAUCAUGGUGAUCUAAGUUAGGGUAAUAAGUUGACUAGAACUUAUUUACUCAUUUAUUUAUGUUUUUUAUUUUUUUUAUUUUUUUCUCUUCCUCUGCCUUUCUUCUGCUCCCUUUCCCCUUUUUUCCCUUCUAUUUUUAGAUGGAUAGAUAAGGAAAAGAUAGGAACAUGGAUUGGGUAAAAAAGGGUUUUGAUAGGGAGAGUAGAGAGUUUUUGUUACUGAGGUAGUGAUAGGGAGAGGAGUGGGGCAGGCCUAGGCUGAGUAAGGGCCAGAUAGGGAUUGUUCCUACAGAUAAGUAGAUACCCUUAGUUCUUCUUGCCCACAACAUGCUCUAUAUAAUUUUAAACAAUUUGUUAUAAAGUGUUACAAAACUGUGAAGAGUUGUCUUCUACAAAAUUUGUAAGAUUGUGAAAUAUGUCUAACAUCUUGUUAAUGUAUUUUAUCUUUAGAAAUCUUUUAUUUUAUUUAUUUUUAAUAAUUUUUUUAAUAAAGGUAAAAGAGUGUAAAAAAAUAAAUACAAAUCCAAAAGCCAUUAGUGAGACAUUCUGACAACUCGCCUUCGACGGCUACUAGAGGGAUUCAAUGCAUCUCUAUGUGGAGUUGCUGAUUUUUGCUCACCAGCUACUCAAUGGAUUGGCUGAGAUAAUCAGGUUUGAAUAUCUCAGCUUCGGAGGCGGGACGGCUGAAUGGAGACCAGAGUUGCGAGGGAUGAAAGAUAAGUAAAUUGGUUUAUUUCUCUAAUUUAGGUGGGCCCAGAUAUCUAAAUGAUAACAACUCUCUAGUGUUACGAAUACAUGUUUAUAUUCCUAAACCUCUAGUGUUCCUUUAGGGAUACAGACCUCUCCAACUAUGAUUUCAGAUGUAAAGCCAAAUAUUCAUGUUUAAACAUAUAUGUAAAUUUCCUUUUACUAGGAAGAAAGAAUAGUAAGGGAUCGCACACUGCUUCAGGCACAUGAUCAAGACCAGGCUAUUCGAUGGAAGGUCCAGUUCAAUUUGGGCAACAGCAGCAGGGUCAGCAACCAGUGUCGCAAUUCUGUGCAGGGAAAACUGCUCAUCACAGAUGAUCUUGGUAAGACAUGCAUUCAUGUUUGGAAAAUGUCAUCUAUAUAACAUUUGCAACAUAGAAGAGAUGUACCAGGUGAGCAGAUAAUGUUAAUAAAUGAACCGUAAGAAAUUCUAAGCUGCAGUACAAUUAUCUAGUCUUUGGUGCAUGGAUCCAGCAAGUCUACCAAAGAUACACUAUAUAUAUAUAUAUAUAUAUAUAUAUAUAUAUAUAUAUAUAUACACAGCACACUGAAAUGUAUUCUAAAACUGAAGCUGCUGGAGUAGCUUGGUCAAUUUCUAGAAUGUCUGUGUGAGACAAAAAGGACAGUUCUGUAUUCAUGGAGUACAUCUCUUGGGACCAGUAGAUAAUUUGGUGCCUGUAGUUAGGAGUUUGCUACAGGGUGGUAAGUGCUGAGUUAAAGGAACACUGUAUGAAAUAAAUUAACUUUUUUCUGUUUCUUUCUAAUUCUUCUAUGUCCGUUUCAUUAUAUAUAUUUAUUGUACCACCUUUAUAUUCCAAAUUUUUAUAAAAAGAAAUAUUUACUUACCUUUAAUCCUGCGCGGCCGACCGCUCUGCACCCUUUGAAGUCAGUUAGUGUAAUGACAUCGGUCCAAUCCUAUGCUUCUCAUAGAUAAGCAUUGGAGACUUAACGUGCAUGCGUGGCACUCGGCCAUAUCCCCAAGUUAAAUGCUUCUUUGGAGUAGUAAACACGACAUUGUGCAUGCAUGCAGAGUAUGCGUUUUCAAACUCUGUGAAAGCUUGCCAUUCAAUUCUCGCCUAUUUUAUAUCCCAAACCAUCAGUGAUGCUGCAGUGGCUACUGGUGUGCAGACAGCUGGUGAGGUUUCCUGCCUCACUCAUUUUGGACUAUAGUUCUAUGCAGAUGUGAGUGCUUAUCGCUUUCAGUGCCUCCUUGUGAGAAGCAUUGUUGGUGUGUCCCAUUGCUUCCCUAUGAAUGGACAUAGGUCAUUAGUAAUUGAUGACUUCACAGGAGGAGUUUCCCAGAGUUACAAUAAAUGCAAGUUAUCCAGAUUAAGUAAUUAUAACCACACAGGGAUAAUAGAUAAUUUGUAUUCUUCUUUGGCAAAUCCAAAAUAAAAUAUCAAAACACUUCAACACGUGAGAAGAUAAUCACAGUCCGCAUUGAGUCCACAAUCCACCAUCCUCAAUAUCUCAUCACCACUUGAUUUCAGCAAGUUGUACACAUAAGAAGGGGUACAUUUGACCUCUUAUUAGCCACUCUGAAAUGGAAAACUUCUGAUAUGUUUAUACUAUAGUGUACACAUUUUCACUUGCCGAUGGUUUGUGUCGAGAGGAAAUUUUUUCCCCCAAUUUAAUUUUUAUUAGGAUUUUUUUUUUAGAUUCAUUUUUUAUUAUAAUUUUGCAAAUUUGACAAAUAUUAAACAAAUAAUAAACAUUUGGGUUCAACAUCACCUUUCAAGUCACAGCAAACCAAAAAUGGUAUGUCAAUAUAUUACAAUGAAUCUCCAUAUAUUUUGUUUCUCAAUUAUAUAGUUUUAUACAUUAUCUGGAGUUCGUAUACUCGUGAAGUUGAGCUCUUUAUCACAGUUUAAAUCGUCAAAACCUACAACAUAAAAACGAUGGCUAGUGCCGAGAGGAUUUUUUUUUUUACGUUUUACAUAUACUCUGUUACAUCACAGUAAGUACAUUGCAUUCACGUCGCAUAACAAUAUACAAUUUUGUUCUUGGGACCUGUAUGUAUAUCUCAAAUAUAUUACAUAAGCUUGAAAAGGCAAAGACAUAAUACAAAUAGCCCUAAUAUAUAUAGAAAUCGAAGAAACUCUAACUUGAGCAUAUAUCUCAAUUGCAGACUUUAACAUGGCGCUUUUUUUUUUACAAUUGUCGUCUGCAUUAUAUAAACAUCCCAAUUCUACAGUUUGAAACAUGUCACACUGAAGCAAUCUGUUGUGUCAAUUCUGACCCCUGUUAUUUUCCAUUAUUAAGUACUUCUAUAGUGGCUGAGUAACCGUAAUUAAAAUUUUUACACAUUAUUGCUUUAGCAUUUAUGGGAUCCAAAUCCCAAGUUAUGGCAUCUCAGGAAUAUUUUUUGCAGUCCACAUAAAACAUCGAACAAUCUGCUUUUAAAGCAAUGAAGCAGUGCUUACUCUGUGCUGAGCUAGGCUAAAAUAAUGAGUGUAAGUAAUUUAGCUGCAGGACAUUCUCUCACUAUAUCCAGUAUGCAUAAAUCCAUUGGGGACUGUGAUCUCAUUAGCAUCUGUUUGCUAAAGAGGCGUAUAUUGUUUCCAAACACUGGAAAUGCCCAGUCCAUCUUCAAUUAGAACAUGAAACCACAACAUGAAAUUAUAAUUCACAGUUAUAAUACAUGACAUAAGGCCAUUCUUCAGCCAAAACAUGGGACUAACCAGCCAGAUAAUGACUCCUCUUGCGCAUCUGCCGAGCAUAUUCCAAAAAAUUUUUUUUAUCACAACUCAUUCCAUUAAUCAUAGCUUCUCCUACCUUAAUGGUGUUUAUUCCAUGAAUAUUAUGUUAUGUGAAUGUGAAAUAUACUGUUGUUCAUUUUCUAAAUAUACGGAAUUUUGUGUUUUGUUUUUUUAAAAUAUCUCUGUAGGUAUAAAUGAAAUAUGUAAUACAAAUAUAAGGUGCGCUGUACCUUUUAACUCUUUUUUUUUUUUUAAAGCACAUGUGACUGUGAUCAAACAUAGUUGUUAUAUACACACUCACAGUUUAAUGUGCAGGCAUCCUCAGCAAUGCAUAUAAAAAGAGAGUAAGAUCAACAGGUCCACAGGAACGAUGUGCAGGUAAGUAAUUCACUUUAAUAAUCAGCAACAUUUAAAAUAACAUAAAAUAGAUCCCACAGCAAAGCGUCAUCUUUACCUCUGGAUGAGCAGCUUAAAAAAAGAGUGUUUAGUUGAGCGUUUUGUCCUGAGCAGAAUUCUAUCUAUUUGUUUGGGAGUGCUAUUUCCCCAAUGCUUUGCUUUGUUUGUUUUGUGAAUUUACAGUGUGUAUAUUUUCCCCUUCUUUUUCUACGUAUUUCUGUGCAUACCUGCUCAUUAUACUGUGAAUGUAUAGAAUUGUGUGUGAUCCCAGACACCGUGCACAGCACACCUUACAUUUGUAUUGUUCAUUGUGAUUGUUUUGGAGUCUUGACGCUUGAUUUAGUUGCUGCUAAUUUACAAUAUUUGGAAAAAAAAGGGUUACUGAGAGCCGUUUCUUCACUUAUUAGACUUGAUCACAUAUUGUUUUAGCCAUUAGAAUUUAAUAUCAGACGGAUUCCUUCACAAUGCCAUAAACUAUUUUGAAACUAGGCUGCAGUAAUACAGUUUAAAAAAAGAAAAAAAAAAUGAUUUGGGGCUACUUUGGCCAAAGAUUUGAAAUUCAAAUUUAAUUCCAGAAAAAUCACACUUUAGUGAAUAUUCCUGUAGGGGAUUAAGGAAUGACACAGUGUUUAUGUUGCUAUCUCUUCUGAUGGUUGUUGUGGUUUAAUUUAUUCUUUUUACACAUUAAUGCUUUAAUUUUCAGUUUGUAGGUUGUAGAUCUACACACUUGUGCAUACAGGACUCCCAACUGUCUAGAUGUUCUGUCUCGCCAUCCCAAUUAUCUUCAGUAUGGUGCAUUAAUUUAGGAUUCGGUGCCAUAUAAGCUCAUGUAGCUUGAUUUUUAUUUCCACAAACAGAACAGCUUAACUGACAGAGUUGUAGGUUGAUGUAGUUUUCCCAUGAUUAUUGAAGCCUUAUGUAGCGGAACCAACCUCACCACUGUAGGAGCCUGGUUGCCCACCUCUUGCCGCUGGACUAUGGCCCUGCAUUAAAAACCUUUAAUUCUCCCUAUGUGAGCAGGGUUACCCCAGAUAGCUUAGCCAUGGAGCCCAUUCGUAUACCGAAAGACUAUGGGAAAGACUUUGGCUCCAUGGCGAUUGAACUGUAUGCAUGUGAUCUGAGCGCUAUCCGGUAAUAAUGCUAUCUGGGGAUAGGUAGAAUGUGUAUGUUCUAUGUGAUGAAUGUAACAGUAUGUGAUUUUAUGUCUUUUACUGUCUUUUUACUGCCAUGUGGUUAAUGGAGUUUUGCCUCUGUUUUUGGAGAUAAUUGGAUUACUUCCCAAUUAUCUCCAGGAUAGAAGACUCUGUGGAACUGGUUUUGGGCAGAAAAGCCAUGCUUCAUUUGGUCAGAAAGGACUUUGAUCUAUCUUUUAAACCAAUGGAUCAAUUUGGAUGAUUUUGACAUAUGUUUUUAUUUGGAGUAUGCUGAUAAGUUUUAUGUGAAUGUGAUGCAUACUUUUCAAGUUAUGAAUAAUGUGGAAAAACUGUAUUUCUCUGGCUGUGAUAAUUACAUUACCCAUUGUGUAAGGUAAUUGUAUCACAGGCAGAGGGGAGGAUUUUGUGUGGGAGUGUCUGAGUGUAUUGUACGUGUUUAUUGGUUGUUUUCCAAAACCCUGUGGGUGGUACUAAUGUGUAAGAAUGUGUAUAUAAGAACAAUAAACCCACAGCUCUGGCUGUUCCUGCUUGACCUCAAAACGAAGUGUCGUCUCGUUAUUGGGGGAAUUGGAUUGUAUGCUGAUUGCCAGGAGUGUAAGCUGAUUGUAGGCUUUUCCUGUUCGGCUGUUUCCAGUAUUCGUGUUGUUCCGGUUCAGCUGUUUACGGCAUUCAUAUGCUUCUACGGUUCGGUGGAUUGGUGUCUACAGUAGCUGUGCCUGUGUCUCUGAAAGGGAAGAUCUACUAAAUGGCGGUUUAACCCCUUUUAUGCCCGGGGUGCCGUUACACCUUAUAAACGUGUUUGUAGGGGGUAAAAUUUACACCACUGUAAGUCAUUGCUACGCUUUUAAUAACAAGCAACCAAGAGGAUUUGCUUUUUCUAACAAGUACAUUUACUUACUAUGUGAUUUCCCCUGAACAGGUUAUGUUUGUGAGCGCAAAGAGCUACUGGCAAAUGGCUGCUGUAACAUCAAUAUUGCCAGUACGAGACUCUAUAGCUGUGAGAGCUGCCUACCCAAUGGGUGCUGCAAUGUAUAUGAAUACUGUGUAUCAUGUUGCCUGCAACCUAACAAGGUAUGUUGUUCACAGCUUACCUCUGAUCUAAUGUCUCCACUAUAAAUGCAUUAUUAAAGAGUUACAUUGUUUUGUACUUAUACUGUAGUGUAGCGUAUUGUUUUGGCUAACAGCUACCGUAUUUUCCGGCGUAUAAGACGACUGUGCGUAUAAGACGACCCCCAACUUUUCCAGUUAAAAUAUAGAGUUUGGGAUAUACUCGCCGUAUAAGACUACCCCUCUUCCAAUGCACACCAAAUAAAAAUUAGCCAUGAUGUACAGUGAGCAGACAGAGCUACACAGCAAGACAUUAAAGGACCACUAUAGUGCCAGGAAAACAUACUCGUAUUCCUGGCACUAUAGUGCCCUGAGGGUGCCCCCACCUUCAGGGUCCCCCUCCCGCCCGGCUCUGGGGAGAGGAAAGUGGUAAAAACGUACCUUUUUCCAGCGCUGGGCGGGGAGCUCUCCUCCUCCGAUCCUCCUCCGUUCCUCCCAUUCGGCUGAAUGCGCACGGGCGGCAAGAGCUGCGCACGCAUUCAGCCGGUCGCAUAGGAAAACAUUUACAAUGCUUUCCUAUGGACGCUUGCGUGCUCUCACUGUGAUUUUCACAGUGAGAAUCACGCAAGCGCCUUUAGCGGCUGUCAAUGAGACAGCCACUAGAGGAAUUGGAGGAAGGAUUAACCCAUUUAUAAACACAGCAGUUUCUCUGAAACUGCUAUAUUUAUAAAAAAAUGGGUUAAUCCUAGCUGGACCUGGCACCCAGACCACUUCAUUAAGCUGAAGUGGUCUGAGUGCCUAGAGUGGUCCUUUAAAUAAUGAUAAUUUGAAAUAGCAUUUAAAGCCCAGGUAUGUGCCAGGCUGUUUUUGAGCAUAUAAUCCAUGCCUGCUGGUAUAUCACACAGGAAGCUAAUUGCGAUAUAUUCUUUUUACUCCCCCCUCCAUUCUUUUUUUAAUCCCCCCCUCCAUUCUUUUUUUAAUCCCCCCUCCAUUCUUUUUAAUCUCCCCCUCCAUUCUUUUUAAUCCCCAUUCUUUUUAACCCCCUCCAUUCUUUUUAACCCCCCUCCAUUCUUUUUAAUCCCCCUCCAUUUUUUUUACUCACCCUCCAAUUUUUAAUCCCCAUUCUUUUUAAUCCCCCCUCCAUUCUUUUUACUCCCCCCUCCAUUUUUUACCACCCCUAACCCCCACCCUCCAUUCUUUUUACUCCCCCCUCCCUCCUUCUCACCUCCCCUUCCUGUGCAGAGUGGGUGGCCGAGCUCCUCUUCGUCCUGUCAGUCCGGCCGGGUACCGCUCGGUACAGGAGAUUCAGUUACCUGUUCCCGGCCAGACUGAAAGGAAGUGAGCACUCAGUUAACUAUAAUUAAUGUGCUCACUUCCUUUCAGUCUGGCCUGGAACAGGUAACUGAAUCUCCUGUACCGCGCGGUACCCGGCCGGACUGACAGGACGAAGAGGAGCUCGGCCACCCACUCUGCACAGGGAAGGGGAGGUAAGAGAGGCAGUGCGGCAGCCGUUUGAGCGCUCUAUAUAGAGCGCUUGGGCGGCUGCAGCAUUAGAAGGGCCGGCGUAUAAGACGACCCCCCACUUUGGAAAAGAUUUUCCAGGGGUAAAAAGUCGUCUUAUACGCUGGAAAAUGCGGUAAUAUUAUUAUUAUUUAAUAUCCUUAGGUGGCAAUGAUAAGCUACGAGUGCUAAACCUCCCCCUGUCCUUUUCACCAGCCUGUUAAUGCCACCGCUGUUGCAUGGAUAAUGGCGAAAUACCACUUUGCAUUAGAUAAGCUACAGUAGAGACAGCAUGCUUUAAGUGCCAGGAGUAAUUCAACUUUUUUUUAUUUAUUUUUUCCUCAAACCAGCAGUGGCAACAAAAAUAAUCUUUGCCCAGUAACCAUUACAAUGAGCAUUAGUGCUUAUGGUACCCACAGUAUCGCUUUAAAAUAUCCCAGCAUGUCCUGCUGCUCUGUGCAAAUAACCCUUUGAUACUCUAUGCUAAAGUCAUCUUUUGCAAACAACCAUUUUCGUGAAAUAUAAUUUGCAUACUUAACAUGAUUUUGUUAACUUAUGCAGGUAACCUACCCAAUUACUAGCUUUUAUGCAUCUUGUUGCAGUUUUCUGAUUUUUCUAAACUAAUUACCAAGGAAAAAUGUUAUUGCAGGUUGGCACGUAUACUAUUUAAUACUAUAUAUUAGUUUUGGGGUUAUCGUGAGUAUUCCUCCAUCAGAUUGUCAUAAUUAUUUCUGUAUUGCAGUACGUGUGUUCAAAUCAAAGUAAUUAACACAUAAACACAGUAAUUAAAAGUUGAUUUUUAUCUUGGGGGCUUUCACAGCUUUGAGUGUCCUCAUAUAUGUUCAAAUACAUAACAUCUGGUAUGUAAUAGUAAGUCAGGAUUUAAACAAGAAUAUUUUGCUUUCAUGUUUAUAUAUUACUCAUUGUGUUAAGUUAAUAUUUUAAAUUCUAAAUACACAUUACUGCAAUCAGGAAUUAUCUUUUUUUUUUUUUGCAUCUAUUUGAUGCCAUUUGAACUCGCAGUAAUCUUGUUUUUUGUUCACAGCAACUUCUGUUGGAGCGUUUCCUAAAUCGUGCAGCCAUGGCUUUUCAAAACCUAUUUCUGGCAGUUGAAGAUCAUUUUGAACUAUGUUUAGCCAAAUGCAGGACAUCGUCACAGGUAACAUCCUAACUUUGAAAUUGGUUGUAGCGAUGUGUGAUAAUGGACACAAUACUGCAAUGACAAUAACAACUUUGUGCAAGUUUCUUUCUUUCAUCUCCUUAAUUGUCGAGGUGUAUUGCAGGACUCACAAUUUCUGGUCUUAAGCUAGUUGCUGGAACUAAAAUUUACUUGCCACCAAAUCGACCAAGCUAUGCCCCACUGAAGUUUUGUUUUUUGUUUUUUUUGUAACACUCCUAAUAUUUUGUAUUAAAGCAUUGAGACAAUUUAGGUGCACUAUUAAAGGACAACUGUCAUCAUAUUUAACUUUUCUACUUUUAAACAUUAAUUAUAGUUAACGAAUUUGAAUGAAAAUGUUUUUUUGUUUUUUUAAUAAUUAGCUGCUGUGAUUGCUCUAUGUUAAAUUACAGCAGUAGGCAAGUUAGGUUAAACAGAAAAAAGUUAAAAAGGAGGGGACUAGAAGGUCAGGAUAAACUGACCCUGAAGUCAAAAAGAGGACUAAAUGGGUAAAAUUGGGCAUAACCCAGGUAAAUCAUUUAAGUGAAAAAGGAAAAGUUCUUAAAGCAGGUAUAUUGAGAGCGAGAACCUAGUAUCACCCAGAUACCAACUCUCAAAACUCGCCAAAGAUUUACCCAUACAAAACGUGAACAACUUAAUCAAAAGGGUAAAAAUUACAAAUAUUAAUGCUCUUGAUAAAGAUGCAACAUAGCGCCGAAACGCGCGUCGAGCUAAGACGCUGCUGUUAGGCUAUUUUUUUUACUUUAUAGGGGUUUCUAUGAAGCCUGAUUACUAACACUUCAGAUCUGCUUUAUAUUAGCUAUCUUACUGCAGGACAAGCUUAGGGAGCCAGGGCUUUAUUUGUAAUACUCUAUACUUGGCUUAAUAAUUGGUGUAGUUUGGCAAUUCAUCUAUCAAGUAGUGUGGGGUGAAAUACCUUAGCACAGUGCUCGAGUAUCUUACUAGGGAAAUCACAGUUUUUGGUCCUGGUGGGGAGAGUAUUCUUUCUUAAUACCUACUCAGGCUUUUUGCUGUUCCCAGAUACUUUGCUUUACAUCUGAGCAAUAUAUAAGAGAUAAUCCACCAAAAAAGGGGGAGAUUUGUUAACCCUCAUCUCCCACACCCUGAUUUUUGAGCUUUAUGCAUUGAUAAAGUAGGGAGGAGCAAGUUAUUACUUUUUGCUUCUUAUUUUUCUUAUAUUCCCUCCCUUCAGCUAUUAUACUUUGAUAGGAAUUCAUCUCUUCCUUUCAGUCUGGCCGGGAACAGGUAACUGAAUCUCCUGUACCGCGCGGUACCCGGCCGGACUGACAGGACGAAGAGGAGCUCGGCCACCCACUCUGCACAGGGAAGGGGAGGUAAUUCAUCUCCAACACCCCAACACUGUGCCUCUAUGUAGCCGUCUUUAUACCUGCUUUAGCUGUAUUGCUAUCAUAGAUACUCUAAGAUCUUGUGUAUAUAUUGACCUGAUUGAUGUUGUUACAAAAUUGCCCUAAUAGCUACAAUUGUUUUUAAAAAUUCCAACGAUAUUUAACUUUGAGAACCUGAAUAGCUACAGGAGCAGCUGCUUUGUACUCCGAUACUUUUAUAGCAGCUAUACAUAGGACAUAUCAGGCAGGCUUGACAGACUCCCUUUUUUAAAUCACUUGGACAUUUUUUGUAUCACUAUUUUUUUCACAUUGAGCAUAUAAUCAUAUGUCUAACAUACAAUACUGAUUAAAGAUUCUUAAUAUUUGUAAUUUUUACCCUUUUGAUUGAGUUGUUCACCUUUUGUAUGGGUAAAUCUUUGGCGGGUUUUGAGAGUUGGCAUCUGGGUGAUACUUAGGUUCUCACUCUCAAUAUACCUGCUUUAAGAACUUUUCCUUUUUCUCCAGGUUAAACAGAAGUUUGUCAGAUAAUCGUAACAUCUGACACAACAUGGCUUCUCAGCCAGAUAAAGUCAAAUUUCUCAAAAAUAAAAUCAUAAUUAUCAGAAAUCAAAAAACGAAAAUGUGAUAACUUGAUGUCCUUUAAGCAAAAAGUCACUCACUUUUACCCACAAACAUGAUAUCGCUCAAACACAGCUCAUGAGAUAAUGACAGAUUGCACGGUUAUAUUAUACAUAUUUGUAUUUAAGGGCAUGUGCCAUGCCCCAAACAAUGUAUGUUCAUUAAAUUGAGCAUAACAUUCUAUCUAUUAAUUGUGCUACCAGUUUUGCUAGCAAAUGUAUAUAUUGGGAGAAAAACAUGCUUACACAUAGGCUUAUCCCCUAGCUGUCAGUCUGACAAGGGAGAGCAGAAAAGACCACCCACGUGAGGUUUCUCUGCUCUUCUUCAUACCAACUACGGUGUAUGUGAUUGCUAUGGAAACUCCCUAGCCAUAGCUGAGCUUCUAGUGCUGGCUAGGGUGUAUAGGAAUGGAGUGACAUGAUGUCACUCUGUUCAGAUGCUGGCGUGUCGACGUCACUGAUGAGAUUUGCUCUACUUGAGGAUGCGUCCCAAGCAGGGCAAAUCAAAAUAGACUUCAGGAGGAGCGAAAGACAGCCAGGAGGCGGGUGUUACAUGAAGAGUAACUCCCACAAAGCAGUGCUGGAAAAGAGGAAAACUGAGUAAAUAUUUUUCAUUAAAUACACCAUAUAUCUUAAUUAUAAAUGGUGUAUUCAAUGUAUAAUGGAGUGAUUUCAGAUUAGUCACUUUUUUUACCCUCCAUCUUCUCCUCCCACCAGUCAGUUAUGUCUCCCAUAUUACCACCCUGUCUUCCCCAUUACCCUACUUUACCCCAAGAAGGUUUCUUGAUCAUAAUAUAUCGCAGCAUUUACUUAUUGGUUAGCUCCUUCCUUCACUGCAGAAAAGACUGAAAUUGGUAUAAAUAGGUCCACCCACUUUCCAUUAGGCAGUCUUUGUAACUAGCUUUGCAACUCUCAAAGUAGAUGGGUGGGGACAUAAUGCUGCCAUGUGAAAUAAUCAGGAAAAACUAAUUACGGUAAGUAUGAAACAAUUUCCCUUUUUUCCUAACCAAACAUGGCAGUAUUUACUUAUACGUAAUACCCAAGCAGUAUAUAUAGUGGGAGGGACGGAGUUCAGAUACAUCUAAUAGUCAUAAAAAACAUUGUGUGGCACAAACCUAAUAAGUCUUAUCAAAAGCCAAAACAAAUCACCAAUAGGAUAUUGUUAAAAUAUCUAUUGAGGCAAGUAAUUGUAACCCAGAGGCUGCUCGUCAGCAACCCCCUGGUACUCAAAUGUAAGGAAUACCCUAUAGAAUUAUAUUGCUAGUUAGAAUUAAUGUCAUGAUAACCAAAGCUAUAAAAUGAACAAGUGUGGACUAAUAUAACUUAAUCUCCUGUUUGAAUGAGACACCAGUCUUGAAUCUGUUUUGCUAUGGAGAAUAAUAAAACCGAUUAGAGGAGAAGCUUCCUAAAGUGAGGCGGUCACCUCUGACGGCUGCAGGAAAUUAGCUGUGUCUAUGGAGGAUCCCGCGGUCUUGUGGGAUCCUCCAUAGACAUCAAUGUUAUACUCUUGAGCAUGCGCCAGAAUACAGCAAUAGCGAUGACUCCGAAGACGAUCUGCUGGAUCAAGAUAGUUGCACCCGUGAUGUACAGGUUUAGGUGAGUAAAUCUCACCUUUACCUGGCCCCCAACGACCAUGCCACAGCUGGUGAAUUAAUCAAAGUCCACAAACUGUAACAGUGCCGCUUUAAAACCUAAAGACAAGGUCUGGCAAUUAUAAACAUAUUAUGGCAAAAACAGAAGUUAGUGUCCUUCUCCAGAAAUACUCAAUGGAUGGAUCUUUUAAAUCAGAACCUUGUCAAUUGCAUAAUUUCCAGACACCAGGCUGGAACAAGCACUGAAAUUCCGGACACUGGUGAACAAAAACAGUCAGUCAUACCCUGCUAUCAAACAGGGAGAAAAAAAUUGUCUGAAAAUCCAACAGUUCUCUGGCAAUAUGUGUUUAUUAAAUGCGUAAUUCUCACUGCUUCAUCUUGCCUUGUGAACUACUUACCUGUAGUUAGAGUAAACACAAAAUAAAUAUCUGCCUGUAAGAAAAGACUGAGCCUAGUAGAGAAAUAGGAAAAUUUGUUAUGAAAACACUGUAACAAUGACUACGGAUUGCAAAUAUUGGACUCUCCUCACACUGUAAAUCAAUUGUGUGAUACAGUUAUGAUAAAUCACAGGAGAGGUAGAAACCAAUAACACAAAUAGUAGCUAUUACUUGCCAAAGGCAGGAAGAAGAACAUCAUUCAAAUUGUAGUAAAGGAAUAUCAGGAUGAAACAUAGAAAUUGUAACAACUACUAAUUAUAAUUAGGAAAUUUAGGCCAACAACCUCAGGACAUAUGUUCAAAUAUAAAAAUAUUGUAAAUAGUACAAAUUAUGCCAAACCUUAAAAUCAAAAUAAUAUAGACUGUUGAUCUCCAUAAGUAGGUGACAUGUAAUAGGCAGGACACCAAUGAAAAAGUGGUAACUAGUGGCACAGGAUACAUUGUGGCAAGAGACACAUGAAUAAGCAAAAUUGCCAAAGAUAUAAACUUAGGAACAAAACAGCCUCAUGCUUCCUUGGCUUCCAUAUGCACCCCAUAUGCCAUUUGUCAUCACCAAUGUGAAAGGUUUAAAAUAGACCCUAGACAUGGUGGUAUACAUAAAAGAGGUAUACCUAGGUAGUCCCUUUAUGGAAGUGCUGUCUUCUGAGUAUUCAGGAAAAAAGGCUUGGCCUCAUGGAUCCAUUGGGAUGCUGUCAUCUCAGGGGGUUAGGUUAGACUCCCGGCCACUAAAGGUAGCCAGGGAGGCGACUCUUACAUCUGUACUGUUUGGGUAUUCAAGGAUUAGAGACAAAAAUCUGACUCUGCCUACAAACAUAUUGGGCUGGAGAACAUUAAAUAAAAAUCUAGGCCUGCUAAAGCAGGCUCUUUCCAAACUGCUAUGAAGGACAGGAAAAACUAUUAAUUAAUUUUAAUUAUUGUAUUUUCUGCUGUGAAGGGAGAAGCUUACCCAUAAGUAAACACUGCCAUGUUUGAUCAGAGAAUAGAUUUACAUUGGUUUUAAGUUAGCCAUCGUGGACAAUAAAGUGUCUCAGGGAACAAUUCAAUUAUACCCAUUGUUCAGAUUUCUUAGGUACACAGAUGGUAAUGGAAAAAUAUCUUGACAUGAUUUAUUUUGCAUAUGCAUUUCUUGCCAAAUGCUUGCAAUUUGUGGAAACAGUCCUCUAUUAAAUGUAAAAUUAUGUGGGGAAAAAAUGUGUUUCUUUUCAAAUAUUUUUUAUUGAAGAUUUUGAGAUGGCAUGAUUACAUGCAGAUUUCCAUUGAUCUUUUCACAAAGUGCCAACUUCUAUCUGUUUUGACAUUAGCAACACAUUUACUUAUUGAAAGCACUGUGAUACCAAGGGAAAGAUUACAAAGAUAAACUUAUUUUCCUGUCAACAUACAGAGUGUACAACAUGAGAACACAUAUCGAAACCCCAUUGCUAAGUACUGCUACGGUGAGAGCCCUCCUGAACUACUUCCUAUGUGAUCGGAGUGGCCAUUGCAGUCAAGAAGUGGGAACUAUUGCCUCUAUGUCUGAUGGCCUUCAAUAACUUCACAUCGAAGAGAGAAAUGAUCAGCUACUGAAAAAAACAACAGACUUUUCACAUCUGCAAUUUAAAUUUCCAGCUAAAAUGAACAAAUUCUAAUGGCAGAGUAACUACUCAACUUAGCUGUCAGGAUUAUCAUGAGUAAUAUAUAAUUUGCAAAUAAACAUUUGCAUACCCAUCUCCAUUAAGUGCAGUUUACAAAGGGUGUGAUUGUUUAAGUUCAUAACGGGUAAGCGUAUCAGCCAGACAGUUCAUUUUUUAUAUUAAGUUUACCCACCUUAAGUGGAAAAACUGUUAUCUCUGUUUCAGCAUCACAUGAAUUGGGGUAUUAUAAUUAUUAUAAUCAUGUAAAUAUUUUUGAACACUUAAGAAAUGUGAUCAAGUAUCUAGUUUUUAUAUUUUAUUUUUCUUUGGUGCAAUAUAUGUUGUUUAUUUUCUGUAUCAUGAUGGUAUUUAUUAAACAUAAGUUCCUUCAAAAUCUUUAAAGAUGUGAAUGUAUUUUCUUUAUUUUUACUGAAGAACAACACAUUUUGCAGCGCUGUACA